AAACAUAACACAGAUGAAUAUACCUUGGGAGAUCCAUGUUGUUAACUUUACCUUGGCGCUGAAGAUAAUUAGUAUACUAUAAAAAUAGUUAAACUCUGGGCACAUCCAAAACUAACAAUAAAUAGACACCGUUUAUGUAAGAUAUUCUCUUCGUUCAUUUUGGAGUUUGAGAAAAUUCAAUGUAUUUUAAUUUCUCUAAACCACAACAUGUUUUCCUUGGGAUGAUCUUCCUAAUUGCUGAUACAACAAACAUGUUAGUAUGAAACUAAGAGAUGACAGAAAUAAUAUAGUUAUGAUUUUGUUUAUUGUGUUGCAGGAUUUUCUGAACAUGUACUUCAAGGACAAGUAUAGGCCAAUUCCUAACGUGUACAAUCUUGUGCUGGCCAUGUUAUGGCGUCACCUUGAGAAUGUUGAGCUUGAAAAAGUUAAAGUGGUUCACUACUGUGCUGCGGGAUCAAAGCCUUGGAGGUACAGUGGGAAAGAGGAGAAUAUGCAGAGAGAAGAUAUAAAGAUGUUAGUGAAGAAGUGGUGGGAUAUAUAUGAGGAUGAGACUUUGGAUUAUAACUAUUCACUCACUGAAGCGCUUUUGGAGGGUGGCGAACUCAAUUACGUUCCAGCUCCAUCUGCUGCUUAA